GUGCAACUCGCAAGCUGCAGCCUGCAACGCCUUCUCACAAAAGGUGCUCAACAUCUUUUGUUGCACUCAUAUCCAACUUAAUUUCAAGCCGCCACAACCUAGGACUUGGAGGAGGUGCACACAAGGGUCUUGUCGGGGCAUCGGGGGCCUUUCUUGGGUAGCAGGUGUGUGCAACAGUAUUGCCGCCGGGCGCGGCGGCUGUGCUCAGAUCUAGAGGCCAAGCGUGUACGUGCUGAUUGUUUUCUGCUGGAUUCCAAAAAGUAUGAUGUCCUUUGAGGGCAUGUUUCCUUAGCAGAAUAAGAAAUACUGGCUUUGCUAGCGCACCUUGUAGUCUGUAGAUUGUAGGGGCAGGCCAAGCGAGGGUCCCGGCACGAAGUUGCUUUACGCGCAAGUAGGCUGCACAGUAAACUAUCAGGCUCGAGGAAACUGAAACAUCUGAUAUCUUCUACAUCUGGGGUGUUAACUGGCCCUGCAUUAAACCAUGGCGGGGGGCAACUUUUUUGCCAGGGUGGUGCAGUACGUGGCAAACGAGUUGAUUGUCGAGCGCCUGUCCAACCACCCCUCCUUCCAGAGAUGGGCCAUCCGGACCAGCAAACAGAUGGAGGAACUGUCGAAGAAGAGCGCUGAUUACCAGCAGCAAAUAGCAGAGCAAGCGCGCACCUACGCAGAGGCCCUGAAGGAUGAGGUGUCUAAGGCUGCGAAGGAUGUCAACAAGAGGAUAUGAGGCGUCAGGUCCACGGAAAUGUCACCUUACGAAGUGGUCAAGCUCUCAAUGACCGUCUGUACACUAUAGAAAAGCCAAGCCUCUUAAAGCAGGCAUUUUUCGAGGUAACAAUCGAGUAUGGAGGUGCUUUCACUUGGCUCCUCAAAAAGUCGAUGUCCAGAAGUUGGGUCUCUUAGAGGACGCUGAUUAAGCUGACCGGAAAUUGUCAGUCCCUGUUGAGUCACGAAGUGAUCAAUAUUUCAGCAAAUCCUCGAAAAGCUAAGAAGCAAAGUUGGCAAAGUUGCAUCUGACAUGAGGAUAGCGAUCCAUGGAGCAAUCAGAGCGCUGAAUACCAAAAGUGGGGACAAGGAGGGCCGCAACUUGUUGCAGUGCGCACUUUCGCCACCCGUGAGAAUGUUACGAAAAUCAUAAGAUCGUUACUGAUCACCGAAGUAAGGCCGGUGCAAAAUCACUCGGACUCCAUGAUCCUUUUGCGUCUGUCGUACUUUUUAAAUUGAUAUUCAAUUCCUGCAGACUUCUUUGCAGGAUAUAGAUAGUAAAAACGAAUAGGAAUAGAACUAGUCCUUAAAGAGCCUUUAUCAUUAAUCGUAUAUGCAAUCGUUCUACCCGUGAG